UUUUUGUGUUUUGUUUUUAUUUUUAUUUUUUUUUUUUUGUUGCUUUUAUACAAACGCCAUGUUCCUUAAGCACUGCCCCCCAACAUUGGGUGGACUCUUUGCAUUUGGUGGAUCCUCAAAGCGUUCCGAGCGCAAUUUUCUGCGGGAGAAUGUGCUGGUGUUACGUGGCCAGCAUACGGUUCCGAUGUCCAGGAUAGAUCGGCCGCGGAAUCCACCAUUGAGGGCUCACAACUAUGAGCUACCGACCGCUGCCUCUUUGGCCAGACGUCAUGGUUCAUCAGCCGAGGCUCUGGCCGAAGUCCAGAGGCGCCUGAUGACUCUACCGGCUGGAAGAAAACGGAAUCGAGAUCGGCCUGGCAUGGCUUUAUACUCUUCUUCGUCAUCGGAGAAGCAAAUACAAACAGAAGACACUUGGUAUCCCAAUCAAAAUCAGGUGGAAUCGACCACAAGGCAUCCUCGCAGCGAGGGUGAUGAAUCGUUGACUCCGCUUGCCCAGUUGGUGCAAGGUCAUGGACUGCGACGCAGUGCAUCCAACUUUGAGCUGGGCAAAAUGACCGAGCAACGUGGCAGCUAUCAGCCAGGUCAGUACGAUCUGCACCGGCCUUUAGGUGACGUUGCUGCCAUUGUGCCCAGCUCAAAGUUGGAUACGAAUGGCAAGCGGAUGACGAAACAAAAUCAACAACAUCGAAAGCAACGAUCAAUUGUGAUGGAUAAACGUAAGAAGACUAAGCAGCCUACUCCACCAAGAGUCUUGGAAGUGUCUAUACCAGAAAUAAUUGAUGCCCAAGUGGAACCAGAGGAUUUACCAAGUGAUUUCUCACUAGAUUCUAAACCAAAUGAAGAUAUACAAGCUACAGCUGCAUAUCCUUCUUCGCCUUCGCCUUCGCCUUCGCAGGAAGCAGCGCCAGCCCAGACAGAGCCCAAAAGACAACGUCAGCCUCAAUUACAACCACAACACCUCCAGAACCAACUGGAGGAGCUGCAGCCCAUUCUACUAUCGGAUGCGGAACGUGUGACAUUGAUUAAAUUGGCCCAAACUCGGCAAAGUCAACUAAUUGCCGAAUACAAUCGACUGCCCAUUUCAAUGGGUACACUGCGAGUUCGUAAUCUAAAGCAUCAAUUGGAGCAGCAGCUGGAUGUAGUGGAAAAAGACCUGAGUCUGCUAACCCAGCCAAGAGUGUAUGUGAAAUAGAUGGAGAGAGCAAUAAUAGUCAAAAAUUGUUUAAUUGAUUAAACCGAUUAAAACCGA